UUGGUCUUAGGACUGUUUGUGAGUGCCAUUUGUGCAAAUGAGAGCCAAUACUUGGACGACGACUUGGAGUCGAGUGCGUCGGAGGAGGACCUGGCGGUGGCCGAGUCGGGCGGUGCGGGAAAGGGAGCGUUCGGCGCCGGAGCCGCUGGCGCUAAAUUCGCGAAGGGAGGCGCCGCUGGCGCUAAGGCAGGUGCCAAAGCUGGUGCCGCUUUCGGUGCCAAAGCGGGCAAAAAGGGUGGUUUCGCAGCGGGAGGCGCCGCCGGUGCCGCUGGUUUCAAGAAGGGAGGUAAGGCCGGAGCUGCCGGCGCGGCCGCCGCUGGAUUCAAGAAGGGCUUCAAAAAGGGUGCGUUCGGCAAAGUCGGUGGCGCCGGUUAUAACAAGAAGUUCGGUGCCGUCAAGACAUUCGGUAUGAGCCAAGGCUUCAAGUUUGGCAAAGCCGGAGGCGCUUUCGCCGCUGGAGGAGCCGCCGGAGCCGCAGCCAAAAAGGGCGGUAAAUUCGGCGCCGCCGGAGCCGCCGGUUUCAAGAAAGGUGGCAAAGCAGCCAAAGCUGGUUUCGGUGCCGCUGCCGGAGCUAAGGCCGGAGCCGCAGCCAAGGCGGGCGCUGCCGCUGGAUUCAAGAAGGGAGGCGCUGCCGGAGCCGCCUUCAAAGGCGCUAAAGGAGGCGCCGCCGGUAAAGGUCUUAUCGGUUAGAUAUGGACAUCAUUUCAAACAAUACCUGACAUUAAUUAUCGCUGAC